AUGACCAGGAAAAGCAAGGAAAACAAGGGCAAGUGUUGCUAUACAGAUUUAAGUUCAUGCCUUCCCCAUUGGAAUGUGCCUCCCCCCACCCUGCAAGACCUCAACGCCCCUGACCUCUAUAUCCCCACGAUGGCCUUCAUCACCUACGCGCUUCUGGCUGGGAUGGCACUGGGCAUUCAGAAAAGAAUGAUCCUCAGUGUGCUCACAGGGCUGCUGUUCGGCAGCGAUGGCUACUAUGUGGCACUGGCCUGGACCUCGUCGGCGCUCAUGUACUUCACUGUGUGCUCUUUGUGGACAGCAGCCCUGGGCCCCGACAGUGUGGGGGGCUCUGUCCCCCAGCAGCAUCUCCAGCUUUACCUGACUCUGGGAGCUGCAGCCUUCCAGCCCCUCAUCAUAUACUGGCUGACCUUCCACCUGCUCCGGUGACCCCAGGCUCCAGAUGGCACUGAGUUUUUCAUUCAUUGACGAUUUGAUUUCCUUGAAAAAA